AUGUGCCGAUUCACCACCACCCACUUCUCUGCAUGCACCCACGUCGAAACUGAGACUCAGACCUGUCACCUCACAAACGUCAACAGGUUCCCGAGAGUCACUCCCUGCUUUCCACAGGACUGCAGGCCAACGACACUGGUCGGUCAGUGUUUCGACUGCAGGUCAGGCUACCUGACACACGAUCUUGGGUCCCGACGGGCACCCACAUACCAGAAGACAUACACUGGACCGGCUCCGCGUAUCUUCGGCUGGGACAACCAGGAUGACCAGAACGAAGAAAGAUGGGAGCCUAGAAAGCAGAAAAGGAAUACGCUGAGAGAUCGCCAGCUCAACCGAGUCCCAGGAGAGGGUUUUGCUGCAGGAUAUGCCAGACUGGACCUGCCGAAUCAGAGACUUUAUGUCCCAGAGAGGAAGGCAACAGCUGAUGAUGCAGCCAGACAGGCAAUCAGGGAUGCAACCAGGGAUUUAACACGGGAUAUCCUGAGCCGAGGAAUCACAACGAGAGAUGAGGGAUGGAGUGGCAGGUCCGGAAAUCGACAUCCCGAUCUGCCAACUAGGACGACGGUUACAGACUCACUCGGAGACUCUGCACGCCCUGCUGCUCCGACACCACCUCGAGUCGAAGAGCCUGAGACCAUAGCUCAACAACCAUGGGUCGACGACAGACUCCACAAGCUCAAGAACCAGCAACGCAUAGAACGCGUGAGAGAGGGCGCGCAAGACGCGAGAACACCACAGAAUACCAAUAUACCCUCGGAAAUCAGACGAAUGCCUCUCUCAUUCAGGGCCGCAGAACAUAUCCGACGACAAGCUGAUCGCAAGGAGGAAGCCACGCAGGCGUGGUCGAAGAGGCAGCCGGAAUGGACUCAACACAAACUGCUGGUCCACACAGAGAGCAAGGAACUGUUCUUGCCCACCAUCACGCCAUCAGACGUCGAGAAAAGAAGACAGGCCGAUCGGACAUGGAAGAAAGCAGAGACUGCAGUUGAUGACGAGAGCAGGAGAAAGGCGGCCGAGCUCUGGGCUAACUUGCUAAAGAGUGAGCAGCAGCUGGUCCACUCCAAGAGCAAGGAGCUGUUCCUGCCCACAGCAGUCGCAGCACUCGCUGUACCAGAGGCUGAGCGAAGGAGAGAGGCCACAGAGGCCUGGGAAAACAUGCUGAAAGAUCAGCAGCGCCAGCUUGUCAUUAAGCAUUCAGCAAGCAAAGAGCUUUUCCUCCCCAGCACUCCGAGGGCACAAGACUACUCGGAGCGGACCAGGGAAGCCACAGCAGCUUGGGAGAACACCGAGCGAUCAUGGGCCAGUCACCGCCCCAUGAUCCACACCGUAAGCAAGGAGCUCUUCCUCACAAUGACACCCACUCAUACCCACAACCUCUCCGAGAUGAAGGACGCCUCUGAACUCUCGAGAAUCUCGAUGAUGUUUGAGACCGCCUUCGCCACCGCCGCAACAACCACGCGAGCAGACACUGGAAAGCUCGAAGCGCAGCUGGAUGUGAACUCGCGUCGCGGCACAUUACAUGAGGGUAGUGAGAUGAUAGAGGUGAAGUAUGUGUACGAAUUACCGAACGUGGAGCAACUCCCGAUGAUGACCUUCGACGGCACGUGCCUCGAGAUAGUCACGUGCGCUUCGGAGUGCAAGAGCUGA